AUGGCCUCAAUUGGCCUCAGGUCCUCCGCGACCACUCGAGCCAUAACCCUUCGAUCCUCUCACUCUCGCCUCCUCCCACUCUACCAGCGCCAACUAUCACAACGACACUUUUCCUCCUCAACACCACGAUGGGACUCGUCAAAACCGUCUACCAACAGCUCGGCAAGCUCGGAAGAGUCCAUCGCCAGCAGCGCAUCCUCCGAACCAAAAGCCAGCAAGCUCAACAUCUUUAGCACGGAAUGGGAAGACCUCGACACAAAGAUCAGCAGCUUUUCCGACCUGCCGCACCGUCUGUUUGGCGCAAACCAGCAUAUGGUCAUUAACUACGAACUCAAGGAAGCUUUGCGCCUCAUGCUGCGCCAGUUCAACGCGCCCAUCGUUUACUCUUUCGCUUACGGCUCUGGUGUCUUUCCCCAGUCUGCUUCCAAGGCCAGCAUAUCAGAGGCCGACUUUCGAGCUGUUCAUCCAAAUCCCCCAGAGGCGCUCAUCAAGUCGCAAAAGGGCUCGCCAAAGGUUCUCGAUUUUAUCUUUGGUGUUUCGCACGUUGAGCAUUGGCAUUCGAUCAAUAUGAAGCAGAACCGUCACCACUACUCUGGUCUUGCGUCACUGGGAUCAGGCGUUGUGUCGCGCGUGGGGAAUUGGGGUGCUGGCGUCUACUUUAACCCAUUCGUAGAGGUCAACGGAAUGCUUAUCAAAUACGGCGUAACGAGUAUCGACAAUCUUGUUCAUGAUCUUUCUUCCUGGGACAGCUUGUAUCUAGCCGGUCGUCUUCAAAAGCCCGUCAAGAUUCUCCGCGACCAUCCCCGUGUCCGACUCGCCAACCAGCACAACCUCAUCGCCGCCCUCCGAACCGCUCUACUCCUCCUACCUCCCAACUUUACAGAAGUCGAGCUAUACAGCACCAUCGCAGGGCUCAGCUACCUCGGUGAUCCUCGCAUGGCUCUCCCCACAGAGAACAAGAGCAAGGUGACCAAUAUUGUCGACAACAACAUCGUUCACUUCCGCCGCUUGUACGCACCGCUCGUCAAGACGCUCCCUAACGUCGACUUUACUGGACCCUGCCGCAUCGACGACACGGAUUGGAUCAUGAACCCGGAUCCCGACAAGGGACUGCAGCAGGACAUGGACCCCAAGCGUCGCGGCAACAUGGUUAGACGCCUGCCCCAGACUUUCCGAUCACGUCUCUAUUUCCAGUACCAGAAGCGAUUUGGUAUCCCUCGAGGAGAGUUCAACGAGCUCAUGAAGGCGUCAACCGAUAACGAUGGCACCGCUGUGAAGAAGAUGCAGGGUGGUGACUUUGAGCGCCGCAUUGCCACCGACGAACCCCAGAAGCUUCAAGAGACAGUGCGAGUAGCCAUCAAGCAGACGGUGAAUUGGCCCAGCACAGUACAGAGUGUCAAGGGUCUUUUGAUGGGCGGUGUCUCAAGAACAAUGCGAUAUUUGGGAGAAAAGUACUCCAAGUAUAAAAAGGACAAAGUGGACAAAAAGGUGAAACAACUGGCCGACAAGUCAGAAAAGUCAGAAUGA